GCAACGUUAUUGCAUCUGGAAAAGUGACCCAUCAUCCGUAUGAAAAGGUGGUAACCUUUAAUCUGUUUAAUGGAGAAGUUGGAGCUGAGUGGUUCAACAGCUGAGUGACCAUGGACCCCCUGUCCAGCCACAGCUCCUACCUGCUGCAGCAGCUCCAGGAGCAGAGGAUUCAGGGACUGCUGUGUGACUGCAUGUUGGUGGUCAAAGGUGUCUGCUUCAAAGCCCACAAAAAUGUCCUGGCUGCCUUCAGCUCCUAUUUCAGGUCUUUGUUCCAAAAUAGUCAGAAGAAUGAGGUGUUCAACUUGGUUAUCCAGGAUGUCAGUGGCAUCGGCCAGAUAUUGGACUACAUGUACACCUCCCACCUCGACAUCAACCAAGAUAAUGUACAAGCACUGCUGGACAUUGCUCAGUGCUUGCAGGUUCCAAACGUACAGAGCAUGUGUAAUGCUUUCCUCAAGCCUUGUCCUCCCCCAGUGGAAAUCCCGUCAUUUUCUCUCCCAGGCAUGCUGAGCUCUGAUCACGACUGCCUCUUGGGGAGCAGCCUUCCUCAUGAUGUUGACCUCCACUGUCCCUCUGAAGCCCAGAGGCCUGGCCUCAGCAAUGACGUGGACCACACCAAAAGGAUGCCAGUUUCUGUGCCAAAUAGCAGCUCAAACUGUGACACAGCUAGCAGCUCUCAGGCACCUGUAGAAAAACAGUUAGUCCAUGGCUACAAGCUCCGUAACUUCUACAGCAAGCAGUACUUUAAGCAGACUGCAAUUCAGACUAAUAGUGCAACCUCAAAUCAAGUGAACCCUUUGGUGGUGGUGGAAGAGCAGCACUGUCAGCUCGGGGUCAACCAGGGCAGCAGCAACACACCUGUAUGCUCAGGCAACACAGUUCAGCCUAAUCCUCUCAGCACAUGUGGAGCAGUGGAAAAACACGCUGCCUCCUCUUUAACACCCUCUGAAAAUUUAAGCACUCCCAACUCUGAUCCCAUCGAUUCAAUGCUCAACAAACCAGUGCGUCCAAAGAAGGCUGUGUACCUGAAAAAAUACAACUACUUGAGGUCUCAGAAGGCUUUGGAGGAGAUGUGUGCUGAAUCUGUCAGUGAACCCGUCCUUAGCUGUCCCAAAGAGAGUCAUCAAGAAGAGCCUGUAGUCCAGCCUGAAGCUGCACAGGCUCCUGUUGAGGGCAUUCCUGCAGGUGGGGAGAAGGUUCCUGAGACGGUAACAGAUGCACAGCAUCCCAGUCCUCCUCCUGUGACCCAAGAGGAGCAAAAUCUGAAGACGGUGCCAGAACCACAGCAGCAGACAGGACACAAGCAGUAUUGCUGUGAUGUGUGUGGGAAGAUUUUCAAACACCCGAGCAACUUGGAGCUGCACAAGCGCUCACAUACUGGUGAAAAGCCCUUUCAGUGUAAUGUUUGUGGGAGAAACUUCUCACAGGCUGGAAAUUUACAGACUCACUUGCGGCGACAUUCUGGAGAGAAACCGUACAUCUGUGAGUUAUGUGGUAAAAGGUUAAGUAUCUCCUAUUUAUCCCCUGUCCUUAUUUGUAUUUUAAUAUUUUUCUUAUUUUCCUUUCCCCUGUUUAGGUAUUUUUUGGUCAGUUCUCUACUUGUUGUAUGUCUGCUUUUCCUAAGAAAACAUAUAAUGAUCAGCUUUACAGCGUCGGGGGAUGUCCACCGUCACAAAGUGGUCCACACAGGAGAGAAGCCACAUCUGUGCGAUAUAUGUGGUCGAGGAUUUAACAACCUGAGCAAUCUCAAGGAGCACAAGAGGACUCACGCCACAGACAAGAUGUUUACCUGUGACCAGUGUGGAAAGUCCUUCAACACGCACAGAAAGCUUCUGAAGCACAAGGCCCGCCACGCUGGAGAAAAACCACACAGCUGUGCCACCUGUGGGAAGUGCUUUAUUGGCUCAGGGGACCUGCAGCGUCACAUACGUUCUCACACUGGUGAGAAACCCUACAUUUGUAAUGCCUGCGGUAAGAGCUUUACCCGCUCUGCCAUGUUGAGGAGACACAGCAGCAUGCACUGCAAGGGGGCUCCAGCCGACUGUCCGGUCACCGACGACUCUGAGCAGAUGGGUAGCUCAGAUGGAGCCGCAUCGUUCCCUAAACCUGUUGGCCAGAGUAAACCCCCUGUCUCUACCAGUGAGCAGAAUUUCUCCGCCAUGUUGCCCCAUGCAGGGCUGGAGAAACCCUCACCGCCUGCUCCUUCACCACCGCAGCCAACACCUCAUAUUAAGGCUACUUCUCCCAGCAUGCACCUCAGCCCAGCUUCUACCCCCACCCCUCUUCCAGAGCUGCGGUCCCUGGUGCCACAUCACCUCCUCUCCUCCAACCAUCAGGACAGAAGUGCAGCUCUGUCUGCUCCAGACCACAUGAAGCUGGCCAAACCCCACCUGUCUCAGGAGGCUGUGUAUGGUCCAUAUGUGGAGAAUGGAAAUAUGUCAGUGGACAUGGGCAGAGGUCCGGUGGGGAGGCCCUACCUGCCUCCCACAGACAGUCACUGCAGUUCACUUACUUCUUCUAGCAGAACCAAUAGUGGCUCCUACAGGUCCAGCGAGGGCCAGUUUAUCUCCAGCGUAGCUCUGUGGGGCCUGGCCAUGAAAACUCUGCAGAAUGACAAUGACAUGGAGCAGUAAAAUGCUUCUUCAAAUAAGCACAGAAUAGCCAGUUCAGAGGCUACACGCUUUUCACAUAUGUUUACUCAGCUCAUUUUAACUGUUGCGACCUGGCUCUUGAUUGAUAAAAACAGACUUGUAUAAAAAAAAAGAAAAGAAUGGCAGCUCUUAUGAUUAAGCGAAUAUAAAAUAAUAAUAAUAUGAAUUAUUCAUAACUGGAAAUGUUUUAUUGAUGUAUGAAGAGAGUUGCCAUUGCUCAAAAUCAAAGUAAGUGCUUCCUGAUUUUUCUUAAAGUAAUGAAAUAAUACAUUUACUCAUAGGGAUGAAAGCUGCCAUUGUGAUGCGUUUCUGGCUAAAACCCCAGUCAGCAAUGUUGCUACAGGUGGUGGAGGACACCUGUAGUGACAUCACUGAUUAGGGUGUGGCCUGAAGUGCAACAUGCUUGGAUAUUAAAGCCCAUAAAGAGCAGUGCCGCUGCAGUUUUUUUGCCCUCUGUGGUUUUGCGUGGAUCUGCUCUCUAAGUUUCCAGCUAAGCUCGUCAUCAUGUUAAUUAGACAUUUUACAAUUUGUAUAUACAGCACUGCACUUUAAAAUUUACAAAUGCAGACCUAUUUUUAAUGAUCAGUGUCAAAUGUUGAUUAGUAUUAUAUUCCUAUAAGA